GGUCUGUUUUAAAAUACCCAAAGAUAAUAUUUUUAAAAAUGCACUGAACUGUUUUGCAAGACAUUAUUUGCAAUUUAAAAUCCUCUCAAGAGCUGCUAAGUACACGACCUUCCCAUCAGAACCUCCCUUUGAUUGACACGAAUCUCGACCAAUCGUAACAAGCGAGUGUUUGUGAGGGGCGGGACUUCCUUCACCUUUAACGGGGGAUGAUUUUUCGGCAGCUCUAAGUGACACGUAACGAAAGGUGCGAUUAGGCCUCGCUAAAACUUCACAUUAAUUAUAUUAACGAGUUAAAAAGAUUACUUUUCAUUAUGUAACACGCUACAAAGCUUUUACCGAGCAAGAAGACCGAAUACAAGCGAAUUCUUUCCUGUUUUUCAUCCCUUUUGACUGUCUGUGGGAACUUUGCAACAACUUGAGACCUUUUCCAAAGGCAUUUGUUUUCUUCGGAAAAUGCUCGCAUAUACUCUUCAUGCAUCUGACCAGAAGUAAACAUUUUCAUGAGGAAUUUCGGAGUGGUUUCGGUACUGCGGAGUGAAAAGGAAAUUCCCCUUAGGAAAGUUUCUGUGGAAUCCAGGAGAGGAGCGACCAUGGGCAACGGCGUGUGUUCCAGGAAGCAAAAGAAGAUUUUCCAGUCUCUUCUACUGGUCACGGUGGUCUUUGGGAUGAUCUACGGUGGGAUGGUGUCUUAUGAGAUGCAUAAAGAGCUGAAGAGGACAGAAGCGAUGGCUCUGAAUUAUCAGCAGCAUCAGGAGUCCCUCUCUGCGCAGCUCCAAGUUGUCUAUGAGCAUCGCUCCAGGUUGGAGAAAUCUCUUCAGAAGGAGCGUUUGGAGCAUAAAAAAGCCAAAGACGAUUAUCUUGUGUACAAACUAGAGGCUCAGCAGUCCCUCAAUAAAGAAAAGCAAGAUACCAGUGUCCGUUUCAAUUCUCUGCAUGCCCAGCAUCAGAUGUUAAAGAACCAGCACAACGAUUUAAAAAAGCAGUAUUAUGAACUGCAAGAGCAACAUCAGCUACAAGGAGAUGAACACAAUAAAGCAAUAGAUGAACACAAACAGAAACUCGACCAACUUCAUCAGGCCAAAGAAACAGAAAUUUCUAAGCUCAAAGAUAAUGUAAAUAACCUACGUGAGGAGAACAAACAGUUGAGAAAAGCUCAUCAGGAAAUCUAUGUGCAGCUUCAGGAUACCAGGCAACAGCACAAGAACUUAAAAUCGGCCCAUGACCAGCUUGUGUUGACCCUGGAAGACCACAAGGGUGCGCUAGCAGCGGCUCAGGUCCAGGUGAAUGAAUAUAAACAGCUGAAGGAAACUCUGAAUAAGAUGCCCAGUCUCAGGCAAACGGCAAGGCAGCCGCAGACACCUGUUGCCGUCCAGCCAGUCCAGAACGGAAAGCCAGAAAACCCAGGGGAAAACCAUCAACCCCAGGACACUCAGUUACAACUGCAGAAAACGGAGGAGGUGGAAAAGCCCCAUCCACCCCAAUUACAGCACAAGGAGGAGGAUGGAGAGAUGGGAGGAGCCGAGGAGAGGAGGAGAGAGCUGGCAGAGGAGGAGAUGGAACAGGCAGGGCAGCCUCAAAAGCUGGAGGAGGAGUUUGAUCUGGCUCAAAGUGAGGUGGAGGAGGAGCCACAUGCCAACCAACCAGAUGAGAACGCAUUAGCGAGGGAGGAGCAUCAAGCUCAUCAAGAGGUGGCACCAGCGGAGGUUCAGGUGCAGCAUGCGCAGGUGGAGCGGGUGAAGUCUGCAUAUGAACAGCAGCAGGAGCAGCAGCGUCUGGUUGCGCAGCUGACGGAGGAGCGCAGACAGCUACACCUGCGUCAGGAGGCCCUGCAGAGGCAGCAGCUGCAGCAGCAGAAAGAGAGAGAGGAGCAACUGCGUCUGCAGAGAGAGAGAGAGGAACAGCAGAACAGAGAAGCUGAUCUGAAAGAACAACAACUACAGCAGGAGAUGAUCAGGAAAAAGUCACAAUAUGAAAACAUGGAUGCUGAUAUAAUCCAGGGCGAGGAAGAUCCACACAUAGCUGAGGAGAAUGAGGGGAACAUACAUCAUGAGGAGCCGAGGCAAGAUGGAGAAGAACAUGUUCACCAUGAGGUGGAGGAGGAGGUGUGGAAUCUUACACGCCCCGUAGAAGCAGAUGUUGACCCUAAAGAUGACCCGAACAAUCAGGGCGAGGAUGAGUUUGAGGAGGCAGAGCAGCAGCAGCCCCAGGAGGAAGAGCCGGCACCUGUAGGUCGUCCAGACAUGCACCUGCCCAGAGAGCAUCAGCACCAGCCCCAUGCUGGAGAACAGCUGGUGAUGGCUGGAAAUCCAGAUCAACAGGAAGACACUCUGGAUGAGCAGUAUCAGGAAGAUGGUGAUGAUGAGGCCCAGGAUGAGCUCCUAGAUAAUCAGAAGCCUGCAGCAGUGAUAGAGGAAGAGGGAGACCCAUAUAAUGAAGAGAACGGAGAACUGGAAGAGGCCAGACACCAGGAUGUAGCAGUGAAAGGGGAUAAACAGCCCGCCCAAGACCCCAAUGCGGAGAACUACGAAGAGGAAGAGGAGGAGGAAGAGGGCAACGGUGAUAAACCGCCUCAUCGCAGGGCAGAAAUGUGAGUUGAUGGUGAGCAAGAACAGCCAGUCGCUGCCACCUCUCUGGAUUGGGUUUCUCCUCAUCCUCUUAAACUCCGUACCAGGCAGUGGUUCUGGCGAGCAGGAAACAGAUUUCUAUUCUGGUCUGUGUGACUCUGAAACUGAAAUGCACAAAAAAGAUGCUGAAUAGUCAACCACUUUCAGACCAAACACCCUGCUGUCUGCCUUUACUGUGCAUCUGUCUGUUUAUCUUUCAUUAUUGAGUUCAAUUUAAAUGCUGUUACAUAAGUCUUGCUUUUAAACCACCAAACAUUCUAGCACUGAAAGUUUUCCCAGGUGCCAUUUAUCAAUUGAAUAUAUGCUGUCUAUCUAUCUGUCUAUCUGUGUCUGCAAAUGCAAGAUAGAUUUUAUCUUUGGAGUAAAACUGAAACAUUUUUAGAAAACAUAGACUGUAACUCUUUAAAUGGGCGAGUCUCACAAUAAAUGUCUUGAAAUAUCAAUUUGUUUUUAUCCCAAAAUCAAAAGAAAAAUAUGUAUUUUGUGUAAAGAAAUUAAAGCCUAUCUUACAGUAGGACCAUUUACAAUUUUCACGUUGUGACCGUAUUUUCAUGGCAAUUAAACACCCCCUCUCAAUUCUCAGUAGCCUACUGUAAUGCAAAAUAAAAAAUAAUAUUAAUUACUUAAAUGCAAAAUAAUAAUAAUAUUUUUAAUAACAUAUUUAAAUGUAAACGUACCAUUUUAAAUAUACAUCAUUGUGGUAUUUGUUGUACAGAAUGUUCUGGCAAUAAAAAAAAAAAGACAGUGAAAUUUGUAUUACUGUAUUACAGUAAUGAGAAUGAUUUUUUUUUUUUUUUUUUUUUUUUGCAUUACAGUGUAAUGAGAAUUUUGGGGGAAAUGUGCUUAUCAUAAAAAUGUAAAUAAUAAUAAUUUUCUUAAUGCAAAAUAUAUUUAAUUUUUUAGUGAUAUUUAACCAAAUACGAAUACAAUUUUGUUGGACUGGCAGCAAUCACCAGUCAGCCUUGAAUCCUCAUGGCAUUGGCCUUAUCCGUUAGUCUUCUUUCAGUCAAACUUGCUUAAAAUAAAUUAAAAUAUCAAAUGCAUAAUGCAAUGCUGACGUGUUGCAUUAUGGGUGAGAUUGCCAAAGUACUUGGGUCAGUAGAUGUCACUACAUGUAAUUAAAGCAGAUAUGCAUAGCUGUUUCAAAUGUUUUAAAUGUUGUUUAAAUGUCUUUUUGUUAUUUACCUUAUGGGGUCAGUGCUUAUGCUGCCUUAAAUUAAAUGAAAGUCUUUCAGGUAAAUACUGAUUUCAUUGUGAAACACUUCUUUUAUGAAGAAAAGUUUUUUGUUUUUUUUUAACUACAUACCACAAAGUGCCUUAUUGAGACUAUAUUGAAGACUUUUUCUUGCCCAAUCUCUUACCAAGAUUAUUUGGCUGCUGAUCUCUUUGUUGAAGGUUCUUUUCUGGCAGGCCAAUUCACAUCUGUCAUCUGCCAGCAAGUGUUCUAUUAACUACUAGUGGUCGACCGAUAUAUCGCUAAGGCCGAUACAUAUUCCUGCUUGCAUGUGAAGUGACUGAGACAUGUAAACGACCAGUCACUGUUCGUUUUGUUGUUACAUGCCAUCAUAUUACUACAAUAAUAGACUGGUGUGCAACAAAGUGUCAUUUAAGGCAGACACAUUUGAGCUCAAUGUUAAAGUGCUCGUCUGUUUCAUUCUCCCUCUCUCUCCUCAACAGUUCCCUGUAACUUUUAACUGUCUUGUCUAAUGAUAAAAAGGCAAAUAUCAAUAAAUCUAAUAUCAUAUACCAUCUGCAAAUAUGCACAUAUCUCAUUUAAACAGAUGUAAUAAACCAACCUCACACAACUUCAGCAGAUCCAGCGUCCUAUGGAACGCUCAUAAAUCUUCCUCUGAAGCACGUUUUCUAACAGUCUCUCCUCAACAAUUCCCUGUCACUUUUAACUUUCUUUUCUAAUGAUAAAAGGCAAAUAUCAAUAAAACUUGUAUUAUAUACCAUCUGCAAAUAUGCAGAUAACUCAUUUAAACAGAUGUAAUUCACGAACCUCACGAAAAUCUAGUGUUUUCUUUCUGUCGAGCGGUCAUCUAAUAUCUUCCUCUGAAGCGUGUAUUCAAUCAGCCAGAAUCAAAAACUUCAGGAUCAGGAUCAAAAGUUCUUCUCAUUCACAAAUCAUGACAGUCACUCUGUGACAAUCCAAGUAGGCGAUCCAGGCCAUUUAAAAUGUCAGGAGAUUGCUGCUCGUGCUGGAUCUGCAUGAGUGCGUGAGUGCAACUUCAAAAUAAAAGCGCGUCACGUGUGCUGUAAGUAAGUAUGUCUUAUUCACUAUGCACUGUAUUUACAAUUGAAUUGAUUCGUUAUUUUUUUUUGUUGAGAAAAUGCUAUUGUUAAUGCGCAUAUGCCAUUCAUGUUUGCUGGACUACUGUGUGCACCGUCAUUUCCUCCUUCUUAAUGUAUUAACAAUUUAUUGAUGGGCAAAUUAAUUAUUACAAUUUGAUGACUAAACAGAAAUCAGAAGAAAUUGCUAUCUACUAUUUAAAAUGCAAUAUUUUUUAGAUUCUUUUUACCAAGUUAAAGUUUUGUGUGAAAUUGAGUAAAUAUAGUGCUAAAUUAGAGUUUAUGUUUUUGUUAUUUACUAUAUUAAAUUGUGUGAUAUAUCAGCAUUGUAUUGGCCUAUCGGCCACCCUGCUCUCUGGAUAUCGGCAUCGGCCAUUAAAAAACCCAUAUCGGUCGACCACUUUUAACUACUAGUAUUCUACAUGCUACUGGACCUGGGUCUCUAAGUCUUAUUGUCACUGUUAGCAUUUAACAUCUGACAACAGACAUGAGGGAAAUCAAUGGUACAUUGAAAAUGACAACUGAUAAGAGGCAAAAUAUUUAGAUGAAGAGUUUGAAUAUUUAAAGGUGUAAAGAAAACGACACAAAGUUUGCACAGUACACAAAGGGAUUAGCUUACUUAAAAUGAUUUGUCCUGAAUGUAUGCUAAAUCACUACAAUACUGAAAUGUUCUAUUUAUUUUGCCAUGUAUUUACUUUGUUUUUAUAUUAUAUAAACAAAAAUAAUCUUCUGCCAAAAGUUCUGCCACCUUUUUUAUUUUACUGAACAAACAGGAGUUUUAGAUUUAUCAAAUGUAAUACUGGUAAACCAACUUUCUAUUAAAGGAUUCACCCAAAAAUGAA